AUGGAGAAGAAAAUAAAAUUAGAUACCAUCAGCGAUCUUUCAAGACUGUCCUUCCUAGAAAUAAAAAACCUGCCUCUUAAUAAAUGUCAAGGAUAGCUCUUUGAAGAUGCAUUGAAAUAGGCUAUACAGCUUGAAAAAUAGUCUGCAGUUUAAACUGGCCCAUAUAGUCAAUUUUUAAAUAAGCAUCAUCCCAAAUCAUUUGAGAUAAAGAAGGUCGUGUUUCAAACCUAAUAUGAAGUUGAAUUUGGGUCAGAGAUGUCAUUAGUAGGGUCAAUAUAGCCACUAGGAAAAUGGAAUACUAUUAAUUCAUCCUAGCCUAUAUCUCUGGAAUCUCUUAAUAAUGAGGAUUUCUUUGAAUACAAAUUUGUAGAGACAGAUGAGCAUGGACAUGUUAAAAAAUGGCAAGGCGGAAAUAAUAUCUCGUUCGAUCUAAACAAGCUUAAUUUAAUUAUUAAGGAGCUCAAUAUUAUCACUUAAAUUGAUCACACUGGGUCAACUCCUUUCUUUACAAUCGAUAGAAGAACAAAAAUUAAACUUGAGAGCACAAAUUCAAAGUAAAAGUCUGCAGAUAUCAUUGUCAUAAUGAGCAAGUUUGAAUGA